AGUUGGUGUGCGAGCGCUCCUCCAAUGACCAGCUGAGAACGCCCCACUGCUCCGUCUCACACUGCGGGGGUGGGGAGCUCAGAAGUUCGCGGUAGGCCUCGGUAAAACAUGGGAUACGAGCUGGACCGCUUUAAUGGAAAAGUAGACCCGGACUUCAAGUGCAAUUUGUGCAACAAAGUUCUGGAGGAGCCGCUGACCACCCCGUGCGGCCACGUCUUCUGCUCCGGCUGCGUGUUGCCGUGGGUCGUCCGGCAGAGCAGCUGCCCCGUCAAAUGCCAGCGGGUCUCCGCCAAGGAGCUCAACCACGUCCUGCCGCUCAAAAACCUCAUCCUAAAGCUGGAGAUCAAAUGUGACAACCAUGCGCGCGGCUGCCAGGCGGUGGUGAAGCUGCAGCACCUGGCCGAGCACGCCGGGAUGUGCGCCUACUCGCCGGCCAAGUGCGGCCACAGGGGAUGCGACGCGGAGCUCAGCCCGCGGGACCUGGACGCGCACAUGCGGGAGGCGUGCGACUUCCGCCCGGUGGGGACGUGCGAGCGCGGCUGCGGCUUGACGCUCACGCACCGGGAGCGGCGGCUGAGCGCGCACUGCUGCGUGCGCGCCCUGAAGGCGCACAACAGCCUGCUGCGCUACAAAACCAUGUGCCUGGACCGGGAGUGCAAGAAGCAGACCAUCGAAGCCAACCAGAGGGAAAAGGCGCUCCUGGCGCAACUUUCCGCCGCGCACGGCGAGCUGCAGAUGACAGCCGUGAAGUACCAGAAAAAAUUCGCAGAGUACAGCGAGAGGAUCGAUUCCCUCACCAGAACUGUGACUUUCUCCUGUAAGGAAGGAGAGACUAAAAGUGUGACAGUUAUCCUUCGUCGCGAGGGCGGAUCUCUGGGGUUUAACAUCAUGGGAGGAAGGCCAUGCGCGGAGGACAACGACAGCACUUUGAAGGAGGGGAUCUUUGUGUCCAAAGUCAUACAGGACGGACCCGCCGACAACGCAGACGGACUUCAACUCCACGACCGGAUUAUAGAGGUCAAUAGCAAAGAUCUCUCAACAGCAACUCACGAUCAGGCGGUGGAGGCCUUCCGUACCGCCAAGGAUCCCAUCAUGGUGCAAGUUUUGCGCCGGGCCCCACUGCCCAAAGUGGUCAGCCCUACCAGCGACACGCAGAUGUCAGAUAUCAGUACCCAGACAGAAAUCACCCUGCAGCACAUCAUGCCCCUUACCUUUACCAAGCUGCAGCAACCGUCGUCGCCCUCCUUGACCGUGCUUGAGGAAUACCUGCUUCCAGACGCGCAUCCUCCUGGGCAUGAAUACUUUGACCCCAAUGACUUCCUGGACGGCAUCAAUCAGGACAUAGAACGUGAAGAGCUAGAAUAUGAGGAGGUAGAUCUGUACCGAGCCAACGUCCAGGAGAAGCUGGGCCUGACGAUCUGCUACAGGACCGACGACGAGGACGAAGCUGGGAUCUAUAUCAGUGAGAUCGAUCCGAACAGCAUCGCAGCUAGAGAUGGCCGAAUUAGAGAGGGUGAUAAAAUCGUCCAGAUCAACGGCAUCGAGAUCCAAAACCGCGAAGAUGCAGUUGUGCUGCUGACCAGUGAAGGGAACCAAAACAUCUCUCUACUGGUUGCCAGACCAGAGAUACAGCUGGAUGAGGGCUGGAUGGAUGAUGACAGGAAUGACUUCUUGGAUGACCUCCACAUGGACAUGCUGGAGCAGCAGCACCAUCAGGCCAUGCAGUUCACUGCCAGCAGGCUGCAGCAGAAGAAGCACGAGGAGGACGGAGGCACCACUGACACGGCCACGCUUCUCUCCAAUCACCACGAAAAGGACAGCGGAGUCGGCCGCACCGACGAGAGCACCCGCAACGAUGAGAGUUCCGAGCAGGAGAACCUGGCCGAUGACCAGACCACGUCCUCCAACACACUCAGCAGCUACAGGAAACUGACCUACAGCCAGGACACCCUGGGAAGCGCCGACCUGCCCUUCGGCGGCGACUACGCCGAGACCGACUUUCUCGGCAUCCCGGCGGACGAAUGUGAGCGCUUCAGAGAACUCCUGGAGCUCAAGUGCCAAAUGAGAAACGUGGGAAUUCAGAGCCUCUUCUGCCAAGGUGGCGGGGCAGAAGGUCAGGACCAGGAAGUCGCGGACAAAGAGCUAGAGCUGCUCAAUGAGGAGCUGCGUAACAUCGAGCUGGAGUGCCUUAAUAUCGUCCGUGCCCACAAGAUGCAGCAGCUCCGGGAGCAGUGCCGUGAAUCCUGGAUGCUCCACAACAGUGGCUUCCGUAACUACAAUACUAGCAUAGAUGCACGCCGCCAUGAGCUGUCGGAUAUCACAGAGAUGCCGGAGAAAUCGGACAAAGAUAGCUCCAGCGCCUACAAUACCGGUGAAAGCUGCCGCAGCACUCCUCUGACGUUGGAGCUGUCUCCAGACAACUCCCUGCGUCGUGGGACGGACGACCAGGGUCCGGCUGAGCCAACCGGCUCUAACGACAGGCUGCUCAAAUCUCCCCCGUCUCCUGUCCAGGAAGCUGGUGGCCCCAGCCGGAGCAAAGCCGGAGCAAAGGAUCCAGAGUCUUUCCAGGUAGAAAAUAAGGAAACGAAACUGGAAGAGUCCAGCAAAGCAGGGCGGAGCUUUGCUCAGCCACGGUCCCCUUACAAGCACGCCCAUAUCCCCGCCCACGCCCAGCACUACCAGAGCUACAUGCAGCUGAUCCAGCAAAAAUCGGCCGUAGAGUACGCCCAAAGCCAGAUGAGCCUGGUCAGCAUGUGCCGGGACCCGAUCAGUUCCAGUGACCUGGUCCCAAAGAUGGAGUGGAAAGUGAAGGUCCGAAGCGACGGCACGCGUUACAUCACCAAGAGGCCCAUUCGUGACAAGCUGCUGAGGGAGCGAGCCCUGCGCAUUCACGAGGAACGCAGCGGCAUGACCACGGACGACGACGCCAUAAGCGAGCUGAAGAUGGGCCGUUACUGGAGCAAGGAAGAGAGGAAGCAGCAUGCAGUCCGUUCAAAGGAGCAGAGGCAACGCCGCGAGUUCAUGAAGCAAAGUCGAGUCGAUUGUCUAAAGGAGCAGGUCAGCGUGGAGGACAAAAAAGAACCCAACAUCAUUGAACUCAGCCACAAAAAGAUGAUGAAAAAGAGAAAUAAGAAGAUAUUUGACAACUGGAUGACCAUCCAGGAACUGCUGACCCAUGGUACCAAGUCCCCAGAUGGUACGAAAGUUUACACCUCGCUAUUGUCUGUGACCACGGUUUAAGUCCUGCUCUCCGUUGGACAGGACCGACAGGAUGGGGAUGAAGUGUAAAUAGAACUCUACCAGUUGGGGUCGAGGCUUCUGCUUCGUUCAAUGUGGCGAAAUGUUGUAAAUAAGAAAUAGGAAAGGCUUUUAUGGAGAGUUUCCACUGCUUUGGGGGUGAAAAAGCUUUGAUUUGUCUGGACAUGGUUGUGGGGAUGGUUCUGAAAAAAACUUUACCAAAUGAAUAACUUUUUCUACCUUUGUGCUUUUGAAUAAUAAGCAUACUUUUUUUUACUGAAAGUAUGAAAAAAGUGCCAUACAUAAACAGCCAGCAUUUACACUAUUUUACAUUAUUUUGUUGUUACCAUACUGUAUAUCUUUCAUCAGUAUUGUUCUGCUUUGCUUUUAUGGAAAACAACAGUAGGAAGCAAUCCUUUCCAAAAGGACUUUUUGUAAAUAAAUGUUUGCAGCAAACCCAAGUUUUACCUUUUUAAUUUCCCUUUAAAAUGGUGCUGAUACCUGAAAGUCUAUACCGUCAGCCAAGUACCAAUAUAGGAAACAUCAAAGUGUACUUGCCUAUACUCAGGACAUUGAAACGGGAUUGUUCGUAUCGUCUUGGAAGACAUUUCGUCUCUCAUUUGAACUCUCGAUCGGUUCAUGCUCACAGACAUUAGGACGUCUCGAGUCUGAGAGGAUGGUGCAGGAUCUAAAGUAUUUGUCUUCUGUGGGUCAAACGAGGAUAGGACAAUUGUUAAAUUUCUAUUGUACCGUAUUUUCCAGACUAUAAGGCACUUUAAAAAUAUAUAUAUUUUCUGAAAAGUCGACAGUGCGCCUUAUAAUGUGGUGCGCCUAAUGUAAGCGAUAAGUUUGGUUGAGCUUACCCACCUCGAAGCUAUUUUAUUUGGUACAUGGUGUAAUGAUAAGUGUGUCCAGUAUAUGGCAGUCAAACAUAAGAGAUAAGUGUAGGCUGCACUCUGAUGGCAAUAUGACUCAAGUAAUCAACACCAACAUUUUAUAUGUUACAUCGAAAAUAUAGAACAUUACACACGACGCUCAAAACUCUAUCAACAUGUUUUAGUACGACUUUGGUAAGCUAUGAAGCCACACUGCUUGAUGUGCUUCGACAUACGAAUAUUAUUAUGGUGUGUGUAUAAGGUAAGACAUAUCUGGCGUUUUGUUUCGCAUUAUUAUGCAAAAGCAACUUUUCUUACCUUCUGGUACUUGCUGAUCUGUAUUUGGGAUCUGCAUGAAUCCUGAAAAAUUGCACACCUCUGCCUUUGUAGUCUGUGCCGACCCCGUAGUUGAUAAGCUUCUUCUUUUUCUCCAUCUUCUUGUUAUGGGACAUUCAUCCUCGGCUGUUGCCAUUUCUAAUAUAAAGUAGUGUAAAGUUCUUACUUAUAUCUGUCAGUAAACUCGCCAUGAAAGCGCUAAAACAUACUGGUAUAGUGAGCUUGAUUAUUCACCCAAAGAACUUUAGUUAUUAGAGUUCCAGUCGGACGGUUUUUCACGGUACACAUUUCCGGUGUUGUUGUUUCCGAAUGAGGAGAUGCUGCUCUGUUAUUGAUUGAAGUAAAGUCUGAAUGUCAAUAAAACAGUUAGCUCCAUCGUUUGACACUUCUUCCACUCCCGUCCUUGCAUGCUACACCGCUACAACAAAGAUUACGGGGAGAAGACGCUGCCGAAGGUGAGCCACGUAAAUAAGACCGCCCACAAAACGGCGCAUCCAGAAGCGACUGUCAAAAAAAAAGAUCUGUAAAACAUAAUCUAUGCAACAUUUUGACCAAAGAACCACCAUUACAUGUUAUGUAGACCACAAGAAAGUGUUUUCCAUUUAGAAAAAAAUAAUAAAAAUAAUAUAACUCCUUUAAUGCGCCCUAUAAUCCGGUGCGCCUUGUAUAUGAAAAAAGAUCAAAAAUAGACCAUUCAUCAGCAGUGCGUCUUAUGGUCCGGAAAAUACCGUAUCUUAAGGGGAAAUCCUCUUCUGGGCAUAUCCCCCACUUUUAGAAGAUGAAUCAUGUGGAUCCUGCACCAUCCUUUCAGACUAAAGUGUCCUAUCUAAGACAAUCCGAACAGUCUAGUUACGAUCGAUGCCCUAAAAAUACAACAACCUGGAUUAGUAAGAAUAUUCACAGUGUUUUUAUGUGUAGGAAUAAAGGUAUUUCUUAUAUUGUUGACUUUGUGUUUGUUCAAGUCACUUUUGCCUUCUUAGGCCUUCCAUGUAUUGCAGAGAAAAAACAUCCUAAUAAAUCCUUAGUUUGACACAAAAUUUGACAUCCUGUAAAA